GGGAGCGGGGCCGGCAGCAGGCAGCGGGCGGCUCCGGCGGUGCGCGGCCAAGGGGAGCGGGGCUGCACGGCUCGGCUCAGCCCAGCUCGGCUCGUCUCGGCUCGGCUCGGCUCGGCUCAGCACGGCUCGGCCCAGCCCAGCGGGGCUGCCCCCUCCCCGUCCCCAGCUUUUCCUCCGCUCCGUGCCCGGGCGCCUUGGGUGCAGCAUGAAGUGCGGCGAUGGCCCGGAGGGGUAAGACGGCGGUGAGGACGCUGGAAGACCUGACGCUGGACUCCGGCUAUGGUGGCGCGGCGGACUCGGUGCGCUCGUCCAACUUGUCGCUGUGCUGCUCGGAUUCGCACCCCACGUACCCCUAUGGAGGCAGCUGCUGGCCGCCCCUAGCUGGCUCCAUGCACAGUCGCCACAACAGCUUCGACACCGUCAACACCGUCCUAGCGGAAGACUCGGAGGUGCUGGACUGCGCGGGGCAGCAGUGCGCCCGGCUCCUGCCCGACCUCGAGGAGGUCCCCUGGAGCCUGGAGGAGGUGGAGGCGCUGCUGCUGCCGCCGCCGCCCCGCCGGGAGCCGCGGCCGCCGGGCGGUGCCGGUGUCGCUGCCGGUGGUGUCGGUGGUGUCACCAGCGGCGUCGGUGCCGGCAACCGGGAUGCGGCGGCGCGGCUGUCCACGCUGGUGAGCCGGGCGCUGGUGCGCAUCGCCCGGGAGGCGCAGCGCCUGAGCCUCCGCUUCGCCAAGUGCACCAAGCACGAGGUGCGCAGCGCCAUGGAGAUCGUGCUGGGCUGGACGCUGGCCGCCCGCUGCACGGCGGCGGCUCUGGGCGCCCUGUCCCUCUACAACAUGAGCGGCAGCGGCGGCGACCGCUUCAGCCGGGGCAAAUCGGCCCGCUGCGGGCUCGCCUUCUCCGUGGGCAAGUUCUACCGCUGGAUGGUGGACAGCCGAGUGGCCCUGCGCAUCCACGAGCACGCCGCCAUCUACCUCACGGCCGGCACCGAGAGCCUCUUCCGAGACAUCCACGCCAGGGUGCUGGCCGGACACCCCGCCGCCCCCCUACCGCCCCCCGGCCGCCCCCCGGCCGACAAGGAGAAGGAGAAGGACAAGGAGAAGGAGAAGGAGGGCGCCGAGGGGCCGCGCUUCACCCUCGAGGCGCUGGAGCAGACGGUCAACAACGACCCCGAGCUGUGGGGCUUGCUGCAGCCCUACCAGCACCUCAUCUGCGGCAAGAACGCCAGCGGUGUCCUCUGCCUGCCGGACAGCUUGAACCUUCACAAAGACCAGCAGCGAUCAAACAAGCCCGGGGAAGUGCAGAUGUUCAGCCAGUCAGAGCUGAGGACCAUCGAGCAGUCUUUACUGGCUACGCGUGUGGGGAGCAUCGCCGAACUCAGUGACCUGGUGUCCCGAGCCAUGCACCACCUCCAGCCGCUGAACGCCAAGCAGCACGGGAACGGCACGCCGAUGCACCAGAAGCAGGGGUCGCUCUACUGGGAGCCCGAGGCUUUGUACACCCUCUGCUACUUCAUGCACUGCCCGCAGAUGGAGUGGGAGAACCCAAAUGUGGAGCCGUCCAAAGUCACGCUGCAGACUGAGAGGCCAUUCAUUGUGCUGCCUCCCCUGAUGGAGUGGAUACGGGUUGCCGUGGCUCACGCGGGGCACCGUCGCAGCUUCUCGGUGGACAGUGAUGACGUACGGCAGGCAGCGAGGCUCUUACUGCCCGGAGUUGACUGCGAACCUCGACAGUUGAAAAUCGACGACUGUUUUUGUGCAUCUCGGAAACUGGAUGCAGUUGCCACUGAAGCGAAGUUCAAGCAAGACCUGGGUUUCCGAAUGCUCAACUGCGGCCGAACGGAUCUGGUUAAACAGGCCAUAUCCUUGCUGGGGCCGGAUGGGAUUAACAGCAUGAGUGAACAGGGCAUGACUCCACUGAUGUAUGCUUGUGUCAGGGGUGAUGAGGCUAUGGUGCAGAUGCUGCUAGAUGCUGGAGCAGAUCUGAAUGCUGAGGUUGUCAGUACUGCUCAUAAAUACCCAUCCGUCCACCCUGAGACCCGCCAUUGGACAGCUCUGACAUUUGCUGUGUUGCAUGGACAUAUUCCUGUAGUUCAGCUCUUGUUGGAUGCUGGAGCAAAGGUAGAAGGUUCCUUGGAGCAUGGAGAAGAAAAUUACUCUGAAACUCCUUUACAGUUGGCAGCAGCUGCUGGAAAUUUUGAACUGGUCAGUUUGCUGUUGGAGCGAGGAGCUGAUCCCAUGAUAGGAACAAUGUACAGGAAUGGCAUUUCCAUGACUCCACAAGGUGACAUGAACUCUUUCAGUCAGGCUGCUGCACAUGGACACAGCCAUCCAGAGGAACAUAGAUACAGGAAUGUUUUCCGUAAGCUGCUUGCUCAGCCAGAGAAGGAAAAGAGCGAUAUCCUGUCACUGGAGGAGAUCCUGGCAGAGGGGACAGACUUGCCUGACUCGGCAGCAGCUCCGCUUUGCGCCAGCCGCAACAGCAAGGCCAAGCUGAAGGCCCUGAAGGAGGCCAUGUACCACAGCGCCGAGCACGGAUACGUGGAUGUGACCAUUGACAUACGGAGUAUAGGUGUUCCCUGGACGCUGCACACGUGGCUGGAGUCCUUGCGAACAUCCUUCCAGCAGCACAGGCGACCCCUCAUCCAGUGCUUGCUAAAGGAAUUCAAGUCGAUUCAAGAAGAAGAGUACACAGAGGAGCUCAUCACACAGGGGUUGCCUCUGAUGUUUGAGAUACUGAAAGCCAGCAAGUUCAGAGUAACCAGGACGCAAGUCAUCCACACAUGUACGUCGUGCAUUCUCCGUGUGAGAUGUGAACGCCAGAACGAAGUGAUAAGUCAGCAGCUGUCCGUCAUUUUCACUCAUUGCUAUGGACCCUACCCUAUUCCAAAGCUUGUUGAAAUCAAGCGCAAGCAGACCUCUCGCUUAGAUCCCCAUUUUCUUAACAACAAAGAGAUGUCAGAUGUUACAUUUCUGGUGGAAGGAAGACCAUUUUAUGCACAUCGAGUGUUGCUAUUUACUGCAUCACCGAGGUUUAAAGCACUGCUGUCUAGCAAGCCCUCAACUGAUAGUACUUGUAUUGAGAUCAACUAUGUGAAGUACCCCAUCUUUCAGCUGGUUAUGCAGUAUCUGUACUAUGGAGGUGCAGAGUCACUCCUGAUUAAAAAUAAUGAAAUUAUGGAGCUUCUCUCUGCUGCUAAAUUUUUCCAGCUUGAAGCUUUACAACGACACUGUGAGAUCAUUUGCGCAAAAAGCAUUAAUACAGAAAACUGCGUAGAUAUUUAUAACCAUGCCAAGUUUCUCGGAGUCACAGAACUAUCUUCCUAUUGUGAAGGCUACUUUCUAAAAAAUAUGAUGGUCCUCAUUGAAAACGAAGCUUUCAAACAGCUGCUGUAUGACAAGAACGGAGAAACAUCUGGUCAAAAUGUACUACAGGACUUACAGAGGACGUUGGCUACAAGGAUUCAGUCAAUUCAUUUGUCUUCUUCAAAGGGCUCCAUUGUAUAAAGCUGAGGAAGAUGGUAACGCUUUAAUAAAGACCCUGCAAGUUAAGUCUCCUGUUGCAGUUGCUUAAACAAAUACAAAAAAAAAUAGAUUCUACUUCGCAUCCAAAUAGUUCUGUGUUGGCCAAAGGCGGUGUGCUGAGGCCACAGCCUCGUUUGGAUGAGGGAAUGCAGAAAACGUAGCUCCUGCAUGCUUCUGAGCAACAGGGGUACCAGAGCGUCCAGUGCAUCGCUGUUGUACUCAAAUUCUGAACGUGAGAGUGUGGUCGUGGAGCUGGAUGCCAACAAAAGCCAGAACUCACACCAGUGAACAGCAGAAGCCCCAGCCUGAGCAGUGGUGCCAGGGAACACCUGAACCAAUCGACCAAUUACUCAUUCAAGGCGGUUUUGUCCCAGUGUUUCGCAUUUAAGAACUGUGUCUGUCCCGGAGUCCAUUAUCACGUACACUUAAGAAAUGUAAGAACUGUUACUGCUGUUGAGCAAAGAUCAGUUGUGUUAGAGAGUGGGUAAGACUGUCGCAACUGAGGAAGUAAUACCGGCAGAUUUUUAGGGGUGGGAACUUUUUAAAUUGUUCAUAAAAAAUAAUGGGGUGGCCUUGUAGUUUAAAAACUAUUUCUUAAGCUUAAAAUUUCAUUUUCGACAGAGCUGUGUUUGAGAAUCUAUGUAACAUGUUUUGUUUUAUAAAUGGUUAAAAUGUACAUUGUGUAAACAUACAUAUGAUCGAGUUUUGCUUGUAUUCUUUCCUAAGGUGGUAUAAUCUUGCCUGACAGGCUAUGGUUACACCAAAGAGGUACAUUACCCAGACUAUCUCUAAUACAGUAGUUGGGGGGGCAGGAAAAACUGCAUGCUAAUUGUGAUUUGGGGUUAAAAACAAUGACAAACUCAACAUGCAUUUGCAUGGUAACUGUACCUGUGAAAUGUUCUGUUCGUGCUUCGUUUUGCCAAGACAAAUGCAAUGUUACUUCUUGUCAAACUCCAUUUGUGAAAUUAGCACAUUAUUUUAUCCAGUGCAAUUGUUUGUGAUAUGAUACCCCCAGAGACCCUUCUCGAGAUGCUGAUGUCUGUUUGUUACAGUGAAGGGAUAAUAACAGAUCUUUACUCUAGUAACGUGUCGAUACUUUGCUACUGGCCAGAGAUUGUGUCCAAGUUAGACUUCUUUUUUUUUUUAAAUUAUAAUUAAAUAUGUACUAUAGAAUGA